AGCAGGGUGAACGCCGUCCACUCCAGGAUCCUCACUCGGGGAGAGGAGGCAUAGCUCGCGGUGUCACCUCCAGCCGCAACGUACUCCGGGUCGGCCUUGCGCUCGGGGCCUGAGAGGGGCGGCGGCGGGGUCAGGGGCCGCAUAAAGAAUGAACCAGCAGUGGAAGAGAAAAUACUGCAAGCUGGCUGACUGCUGAUGAAGAAAAUGCUUUAUUUUUAUGGCAGGCAUCUGUGGGAUCUGUAAUAGAAAUAUUUCCAAGUCUCCUCAGAGGGAAAAAUCUCUGUAAGAAAAACUGAAGACACAGGAGUUUGCUCAUAGAAGGCUUAAAUACUGAAGAGAUCUCCAGACAAAUAAUUGGAGUAAUUCAAGAUUCUGUGGCUGGCCCUUUUGACUGCUCUCUCUACAGGUUUAAUUUGGGCAUUUACUCAUUUUCAUGGCUCCAAGGACCAUGUAUGUGUUGGGCAUCUUCAAUAUUCAUGUUAUUUUCUCCCUUGGUUUUAUGUGAUUGUUACCUUUAUGAAGCUUUAGUGAUUACAAAGCACUUUUUUUGUCCAUUUUUACCUGAGCUUUGUAAACUCUGAUUUGCAGGAUGGCUGGCUGUGGUGAAAUUGAUCAUUCAAUAAACAUGCUUCCUACAAACAGGAAAGCGAACGAGUCCUGUUCUAAUACUGCACCUUCUUUAACCGUCCCUGAAUGUGCCAUUUGUCUGCAAACAUGUGUUCAUCCAGUCAGUCUGCCCUGUAAGCACGUUUUCUGCUAUCUAUGUGUAAAAGGAGCUUCAUGGCUUGGAAAGCGAUGUGCUCUUUGUCGACAAGAAAUUCCCGAGGAUUUCCUUGACAAGCCAACCUUGUUGUCACCAGAAGAACUCAAGGCAGCAAGUAGAGGAAAUGGUGAAUAUGCAUGGUAUUAUGAAGGAAGAAAUGGGUGGUGGCAGUACGAUGAGCGCACUAGUCGAGAGCUGGAAGAUGCUUUUUCCAAAGGUAAAAAGAACACUGAAAUGUUAAUUGCUGGCUUUCUGUAUGUCGCUGAUCUUGAAAACAUGGUUCAAUAUAGGAGAAAUGAACAUGGACGUCGCAGGAAGAUUAAGCGAGAUAUAAUAGAUAUACCAAAGAAGGGAGUAGCUGGACUUAGGCUAGACUGUGAUGCUAAUACCGUAAACCUAGCAAGGGAGAGCUCUGCUGAUGGAGCGGACAGUGUAUCAGCACAGAGUGGAGCUUCUGUUCAGCCCCUAGUGUCUUCUGUAAGGCCCCUAACGUCAGUAGAUGGUCAGUUAACAAGCCCUGCAACACCAUCCCCUGAUGCAAGCACUUCUCUGGAAGACUCUUUUGCUCAUUUACAACUCAGUGGAGACAGCAUAGCUGAAAGGAGUCAUAGGGGAGAAGGAGAAGAAGAUCAUGAAUCACCAUCUUCAGGCAGGGUACCAGCACCAGACACCUCCAUUGAAGAAACUGAAUCAGACGCCAGUAGUGAUAGUGAGAAUGUAUCAUCUGCAGUUGUUGCACAGCACUCCUUGACCCAACAGAGACUUUUGGUUUCUAAUGCAAACCAGACAGUAUCCGAUCGAUCAGAUCGAUCGGGAACUGAUCGAUCAGUAGCAGGGGGUGGAACAGUGAGUGUCAGUGUCAGAUCUAGAAGGCCUGAUGGACAGUGCACAGUAACUGAAGUUUAAAUGUCUUCAGCUCCAUGCUCAAGGUUGAAAAGGUUACCUGUAAAUUUCUGCCCACAUAACAUACUCAUCCCUAGUAGUGCAUUUUGGGAGUUGGGGUGGGAAGGGGUAUGGGAAGGAUAGACCCGUAAUCAAAAUGUCUAACAUGUCUCUGUUGAGAAAUUUAUUUAAUGUAAGGAACUUGGGUGUUAAUAGUUGAGAGCUGUUUAGUAAUAACCCAGUUUUCUCGAGGUCUGUUUACUUUAUAGUUUUUAAAAACUUCUGUAGUUCUUUUGGCCAGUGUGUUUGUAUUAUCUGUGCAUUAAUGGUCCUCAUCUGACUCCUGCAUUGUGUCUUAUUUUUCUGCAUGGAUUGGCAUAAGACCAUUACUAAAACUUGGCACCUGUGAGAUGCUUGAUAUUAUGAGCAGGAAGCAUAAUUUAAUGUAAGAAUAGAUGUGAAUUUGGGAUGUCAAAAUAGAUGAAUAACAACUAUUUUAUAGUAAAGUUAUUGAUAUGGAAAUGAAAACAGCCAGUAACUUAUGUUUCAGAAUGUUUGUAACACACUUCAUGGCGUUCCCAUAGGCUUUGCUGUCUAGUCUUAUAGUUUGAGGUUUUUCUGGUCAGCAUUUUUCUUUUUGAUUACAAAAUUUAUAAUUUAAUAAAUACUAGAGUUUAUCAAAAA